AAUUUCCCUCCCAACCAACCAUUUAUUGCCCCAUACACCCUCUCUAAACCCCUUCACCGGAAUUUUCUAUCCAGAGCUACCCGCGACCAAAAAUCGGAAAUUUACAACAUCCCCUCCACUGAAAUCGAGGUGGUGGAUGAAGAAGGUGAAGAUUAUGAUGAUGGGGACGACAGAUUUUGGAGUGAGAGUGGAUUUAGAGGAAGAGAAGGAGAAAAGGACUAUGAUCGAGACCCUGAAUUCGCUGAAAUUAUAGGAACUAGUCUUGAUGAUCCAGAUAAAGCUCGGUCCAAAAUGGAAGAGAGGCUGAGGAAGAAAAGAAACAAGAUACUUCAGCCAAAGACGGGAUCAGCUGUUCCAGUAAAAGUUACAUUCAACAAAUUCGAUUUCUCAAACUCGUAUAUAUGGUUUGAAUUCUACAACACUCCACUGGCAAAAGAUAUCACCUUAAUUUGUGAUACCAUAAGGUCAUGGCACAUCAUUGGACGUCUUGGUGGAUGCAAUUCCAUGAAUAUGCAGCUGUCUCAAUCUCCUUUGGAUAAACGGCCAAGUUAUGAUGCUAUUCAGGGAGCUAAUGUUAAUCCAACCACAUUUUAUAACAUUGGGGAUUUUGAGGUUCAAGACAACUUGGCUCGCAUAUGGGUUGAUAUUGGGACCAGCGAACCUUUGCUACUAGAUGUUUUGAUAAAUGCAUUAAUCCAGAUAAGCUCUGACUAUGUUGGAAUCAAACAAUUAGUGUUUGGGGGAUCUGAGUUUGAGAAUUGGAAAGAGGAUUUGACAACUGAAGAUGCUGGUUACAGCACUCACAAGAUAUAGCAACUUCCUUCGAAGAAGAGACGUGGGGAAGAUAUUGUUGAAGGUUAAUUUGGAGGCUUUGUGAAUUCAACUUUAAAAAGAGAGAAGAAAAAUUGCAGCACAAAUGGUGUGUGUGCUGAGCUUUGCCGCCGCUGAAGAAGAAAAGGUAGAAGUGAGGUUCCUUUGAGCCGAUGGAGAAGAAAAGGCCGAGACAAUUGUGCUGAGAGCAUUUGCCGGAUGAGAAAAGGCACCAGACGGCGAUCUGAGGAAUUUAGUUCGCCACUAGUUUGAAGUCUCUCAGAUUCCAGUGUAUCAUUUUUGUGUGGCAGUGGAGAGUUGGAUUAAGUGUUUCUCUUAUUCUUUAUUUCAAGUUAGUACUUGAAUUCAAAUUCAAAUAGUUCUCAUUUGGGGAAGAAAGAUUUGAAAGCGUGUUUUUCAAUAGAACUUGCUGUUGCAUAAGACUAAACAUAGUCUAAGUUUGGGACGAACUAGUAUAUUUUUUGGUAUGGUUCUACUCUUUU